UCUUCCAGGAUGCAAUUCUGUGAAGCACUCAAGAGCUGGUCUUGAAGACUCCUGCACACCGAAGAAAAGCUAUGGCUCAAAAGAGAUGUCUGAUUCUCCUCCUUUUUACUAUACUUUUGCUGGAUCAUAUCACUGGCCAGUCUUCCAAAGCUAGGAAACACAGUAAAAGGAAGGUGAAAGAAAAAAAUGGUGACCUAAAGAGUCAAAUCGACAAGCUUUGGCAAGAGGUCAACUCCCUGAAAGAAAUGCAAGCACUACAGACAGUCUGUCUUCGGGGAACAAAGGUCCAUAAGAAAUGCUACUUGGCAUCUGACGGUGCCAAACAUUUCCAUGAAGCCAAUGAAGACUGCAUCGCCAAAGGAGGGACUCUUGCUAUCCCUAGAGAUGGCGACGAAACCAACGCUCUCCGAGAUUACGCCAAGAAGAGUUUGGCAGGCGGGGGAGACUUUUGGCUGGGUGUCACAGAUAUGGUCAACGAGGGCAAGUUUGUCGAUGUCAAUGGGAUGGUGCUCAACUACUUCAACUGGGACAGGUCUCAACCCAAUGGAGGGAAGCGAGAAAAUUGCGUCUUGUUUUCCCACUCGGCUCAAGGAAAAUGGGUAGACGAAGUCUGCCGUACUGUCAAGCGAUAUGUGUGUGAAUUCCUUAUCCCUUAAGCGCAUCUACGGCUUGCAGGCUGCUUCCUACCUAACUCUGAGAAGACACAUUAGCUGGCAUCCUGUUAGUGAUGUAAUUCUGGCAUAUGUCUUUUUUCAGUCAUUGAAGAGUUAGGAAUCCAACAUUUUCUGCCAUGGAGGACUCACCCUCCUCCAACAAUCUCCCCCAAUAUGGCCAUGCAGUGACCAAGAUGGUGGUAUGUGGUUCAUAUGGAUAGACACAUGAUAAUGAUGGCAUCCUCCAAGACCUCCAAAAGACCCUUGAUACAUCCUAGGCGAUGCAUUCAUCAAUAUCUAUCCAGCUAUAGUGACAUAAUUUGAUGUUCCACCACCAUUCCCUCCUCUUUACCAGCCACUAAAUGGCUGUGUUUGGAAGUCUAGCAAGAGAUAGGUGAGUCCUUUAGAAAGGAGAGAUGGCGUAUAGUUCUUCCUGAGCAGAACUUUAUGCUCUACCUCCCCAUGCAGGAUCUUGGGCAUAUGCCAGGGUGCCAUUUUGCAAUCACCAGCCUUUGCAACAAACCCAUUAAACUCUGGGCAGAGAAUCCCCACUGCACAAAUAUUCCCACUGAAAACCAGGUGAGCAGGAGCUGAAGAUGCCAGAAUAACCAACCAUUGACAGGUAGACCUUCUUGUUCACAUUGGCCUGUUACAGACUGCCAAAAUAAAGCUGC